ACUUUUGAGUGUUUCUCGCGCCUCGACGCGUUAACCCAUCAGCCCCCAUGUGUUUUACGUGUUGUUGAGCUGAAUCACACCCCCCCCCUCCUCCCAAACUUCCCCACGGCCAUCGCCAUUCCUCCGCUCAAGUCUGUCUGUCCGCCAACAUCUGUCCAACAUGGUCGACGACAGAAUGGACCCCAAUCCUAUACCGGCACCCGCUCUCGCCGACGAUGGCGGGACCCCUGCGCUGUUCAACGAGGUCACCUUCCACAUAGUCGAGAGCCCGGAACUUUCCCAUGAAGGUGCCCGAGAGGUAUGGUUCGGACUUGCUGCGGAUUGCCAUGAAUUUUUGGUAUUUUUAAUUUUAAUUUUUCAUCUUUUAGCUGACGGAUUGGUAGGUCGCCCGGAUGCUCAUUGAAAAUGGUGCCAUGGAAUCUAGGCCUCUUGAAACGGGCACUGUGACGCAACUGGACUUGCAAGAGAUUACUCAUAUCAUAUCCUCUACCAUUGACUUUCCUGACUACUCGGAGGUUGAGGGUCUUAUGAUCCCAGUGGUUAAGCCGGAGUGGGUCGACUUCUCAAUACAGAAGAACCGUAUCGCUCAUGUGCGCCCAUACACCCCCGACCCUAGAUUCUUCCUUUGUGGAAUCAUUGCUACGAUUGCGGAGCUGCCGGUUGGGGACAAGGAGGCAAUUUGCGGGGGGAUAAUCGCUAUGGGCGGGCAGUAUGGCAGCAACUUGACAAAGUUUACAACUCACAUAGUCGCGCUGAACAUGGACAAUGUAAGCUCGGGGUUGCAUUUCCCCGGUUUAAGAGAUGAAGCGACCCUAACUUGAUGGCCUUUGCAGGAGAAAUGCAGGCAAGCUGUGGCUAAGAGGAUGUCGGUCAAGAUUGUUUUGCCGCAUUGGUUCGAUGAUUGUCUCAAGCUCGGGCGUCGCAUUGAUGAAGCACCCUAUCUCCUCCCGAAUCCAGAAAUUGAACGAGUCGCCAACUUUGAACCAAUGCCUCUACCGAAGGGCCCUGACCUGGCCUACAGCCAUGCCCAUGAUGGAGGGGCAAUGGCUCUUGACCCUCCAUCUCCAGAGCGCAGCUCGUCGGUGUUUGAACGCAAGAAGAUUCGAUUGGGCGAGGACUUGGAAUUGAGCCCUCGACUGAAGUCGGUUAUAGCUACCGUUAUUGUUCAGAUGAAGGGUGAGGUUGUGGACAAGGUGGAGGAUGCCGACAUAUAUGUUGGUCAGUUCCGUGAUGGAGACGAAUAUGUGGAAGCGAGCCGUGUAGGCAUUCAUGUAGGCAGCUUAACUUGGCUAUAUUGGAUUUGUGCGCAUGGAAGAUGGACCUCUCCUCUGGCCAAGUUGCUCCAUUAUCCACUUGUUAGGGGCGGGCUGCCCGGGAUGGAGAAAUUUGUGAGCGUGACCGUAUUGUGGCAAAUUGUAACUUUACUAAUAAAAGAGCUAAUGCAGAAGAUAACUGUGUCCAAUUAUGGCGGAGAUGCUCGUCUCUACCUGGAGAACCUGAUCGAAGCCUGCGGAGCCAAGUUUACGAAAUCGAUGAAGACGGAGAAUACGCAUCUCAUUACAGCAAGGUUUUUAUCUUAUUUCCCCAAGCUGAUCAGGAGUACCAGUGUCUAAUGGUGAGCGGCGGUAGGAGCCAUAGUGAGAAAUGCCAAGCAGCGAGAGAGUGGAAUAUCGACAUGGUCAAUCACCUAUGGCUCGAAGAGUCCUACGCUAAGUGGGAGAUUCAAAGCGUGACGAAUCCAAGAUAUACCCACUUUCCAGCCCGUACCAACCUCAUGGAGGUUGUUGGUCAAACUCCGAUGGAUGUGAGAGCACUCGAGCAGUUUUACAGGAAAGACGACGAUGAUCUGAUGAGCAUGGACGAGGAGGGUGCUGGAUACACCACCAACGGAAAGCGGCCGAAAUCCACUCCGCGAGUAAGGGCCGUUAAUAAACGCACUUCGCUCAACGAUACAUCGACCCCUUCAAGGUGGUCCAAUGAUGAAUUGUCUGGCCCAUCUCCGUCCAUCUCGGGAAGUGGGCGAAAGGCGAAAGAACAGGCCGUCGCAAGGCUCCAUCAACAGAUAAUGCCCGAUGUGAUGCAGUAUGAGAGAGAGCAAAAGAGGAAGGGAGGUAUUCUGGGCGGGGGGCGUGCACGCAGGAGUAAGAGUCCAGUUGAUGAGAGGACAAGAAAGCGAACCGUAUCAAUGGGCGUCGAUAGUACCGACGAGGACUCGAAGGCUGGCGUCAAAAAACAAAAGAAGCGUCCACGGCCUACCGUUUCUCUCCUCAUGACGGCAUACGGGGAUUGGGUUCAUCAACCGCACAGGGAAGAGGCUGAUAGGGUAGGUGUGGGCGUUCCCUUCGGAUCGACGGCGUUGCUGACAGUUCACAGAGAGCGCUUGCCGAUCUGGGCAUUCAAUGUGUCAAUGAUCCUGCGACAUGCACACACCUCGCAGCGCCUCAUAUCGUGCGAACCGAAAAGUUUUGCUGCGCUCUGGCGGGGGCACCAAUAAUCGUUUCCACGGAAUGGCCGAAAGCAUGCCUCAAGGAGGAGAGAAUCGUGGACACAGGACCCUAUCUCCUCCGUGACUCUGACGGCGAAAAGAGACUCUCUAUGAAUCUUUCACAAUCCCUGGAACGCGCAAGGAAGAACAAGGGUCAACUUUUGCAAGGCCAGAUUAUCUAUGUUACUCCGGGCGUUCACGGAGGUUUCGAGACCUAUCGCAAGAUUGUAGGAGCCAACGGGGGCGUCUGCCUUUUAUUCCGCGGUCCCGCAAAGCGAGCAACCAACCUGCCCGACAGCGACACUCUGGUUCUCCUGAGCGGAGAUGACGCUACGGAUAAGAAGCUUUGGAAUUCUUUCCUCAAGAUGGCCAGGGCCAAAGAGAAAGAAGCGGUGGUCUACAAGGCAGACUGGCUACUGGACCUGGCAAUGACCCAGAAAGUAGAGUGGGCGGAGAAGUACGAAUUCCCCAGUAAUUAAUGUUCCCAUCUCCUUUGGAGUCCUCGGGAGGAUAUGUGGGUUUUUCAUUAGGUGUUUCUCAUGCCAAGUGUGUGUGUGUCCGGGGGGUAUCUUUUGGUUCUUGCUCUUUUGCUCUUCAUGUAUUUCGAAUAGUCUGUACGGUUAGGAUUGGGGUUAGAAACAAGCAUUUGGCGUAUAACGGUCAUGGUGGUCUGUGGUCCGGGACUGUACGGUAGUUGUUAGUAAUGUCGGGGCUGUUGCACGAAAAUUUGCAGACUCGGGUUUUGAUGGGACCCGAGUCCAUAGCUUGGGAGAUGAACGUAUAAUAGACUGGUUUGGCUUCUUCUCUCUUUUACAUUUCAGUCGGUGUGAGAAUCGGAAAAUCAAUGGGUGAUACAUAACACUGCCAUAGCGGGGCGCUGUUGUGAA